GCGAUUUAUGUUUGGGUUGGUUGUAAUGGUCUUGAUAGUGGUAAUGGUUCAGAUGCUUUUGAUUCUAGUCUUUCGUAUUCUUUGAUCAUUGAUUUGUCGACGGCAAAUGCAUUUAUUAAUGGAUAUUGGGUUCUACUUACGGGAGCUCCAUUGAUCAUGAAGUUUGAGGUGUAUUUUCUAAUUGCUAUAUCAACUAUUGCUCCUUGGACGCAAAAUGCGUAUCUUAUUUCUUGUGUUUCGGUGUUUACGUCAGUUAUGAUACUGAUCAUCCCAUCAUAUAUCUUGUGUUUGAAUUCUGUGUUAUUUAGGAACAUUAUUCUUGCGCCUAUUUGUAAUUGUAAAAUUUUUGAACUUGAUAUGAGGUAUUUUCCAUUCUUGGGUUUUUUCGAGGUUUUCAGUUGGUGUAUUAAUGGUUUGGUUUAA